CGUUCUUUUAACUAGAAAACCCAUACACUGCUCCUUCUCCUUCAUUUCUCACUUCCUUCCACCUUCUUAUCUCUCUCUACCCUCCAUAUUUGUAGUUACUUACACACACCUUUUUUUAUUCUAUUGGAAAAUCCAAAAGCAUUUGGUAGUGAGAAGGAAUGGGUAAGGCGUCGAAGUGGCUUCGCGGGUUGCUGGGUCUUAGAAAAGCAGAGUGUAGUACUUCGCCCGCCAAGCCGCAGAAAGAGAAACGCCGUUGGAGCUUCGUCAAAGCAUACCCGGAGAAAGAUAAUAGCACUCCCGCCACCGUCGCAGAACACGUGGAUAACGCCAACAACACCAAGCACGCCAUGGCAGUGGCUGCGGCCACCGCUGCGGUGGCCGAGGCCGCGGUGGCUGCUGCCGAAGCGGCUGCCGUUGUUGUCAGACUCACUAGCAGCAGCGGCCGGUGCGCCGACGCCGGUGCGGUCAGGAUUCGCCAACAUUGGGCCGCCGUUAAGAUCCAAGCCGCUUUUCGAGGCUGUUUGGCAAGGAGAGCACUCCGAGCACUGAAAGGGUUGGUGAAGCUGCAAGCACUUGUGAGAGGUCAAAUUGACAGGAAACGGACAGCAGAGUGGCUUAAAAAGGUGCAAGCACUCUUACGAGCACAGGCACAAGUUUCUGCAGGGUGGACUCUUCAGACCCCAUCUUCGAGUGCAAAAUUAUCUAGCCAUCUCCAUGGUCCAGCAACACCUGAAAAAUUUGAAAGUCCUAUAAGAUCUAAGAGCAUGAAAUAUGAGCACUCACCUAUACUCAAGAGAAAUGGCUCCAAAUCAUGUGUCCAGAUCAAUGGUAAUCAAGAGAUAUGUUGGAAUAGAUCAGAGAGCCAGGUACAUGAACCAUCAUGGAACCAAGGAAGCUCGUUGAUAAGAGCUUACAGCUCCAAUGAUGAAAGAAAUGACAGGAUUCUUGAAAUUGAUUCUGGAAAACCACACUCCACACCCAAACGUAGAAACCUCUCUUUCUCCAACAGUAAUGCUUUAGGUUCUGAUCAUUAUAGUAAGAGUUUGAACAGCACAAAGGAGUCAACAUCCCUUCAAUCUGUUCAAAGUCCAUAUUGUGAAGUUCAGUCUUACAGCUCCCAGAAAAUCAACGAGGUUGAAGAGAGCCCAUUCUGCACUGCAGACAAUAGUCCCCAAUAUUUAUCUGCCACCUCUAAAGAUGAUGGCUUCAGAAGAAGUCCUUUUACUCCUACUAAGAGUGAUGGCUCAAGAAGCUAUCUUCGUGGUUAUUCUGACUACCCAAGUUACAUGGCAUACACUGAGUCUUCAAAGGCCAAGGUCAGAUCUCUAAGUGCCCCAAAACAAAGGCCCCAAUAUGAGAGGUCCACUUCAUCAUCUAAUAGAUACUCACUGAAUGGAUUUGACGUGUCAAGGUUGGCCACACACAAGGCAUCUGCAAUGCAUACAAGUUUCUACAACAAAGCUUAUCCAGGUUCUGGUCGUUUAGACAAACUUGGUAUGCCUGUGGGGUAUAGAUACUGAUUUUGAUGUUUCUGUUAAAGGGGUAUAGACAAAUUUGCAUGAUCUUAACAUAUGAACUCCCUAACCGGUUGUACCUUGGGCUUAAAUAUUCAUCAUUAGCGUUUUGUGUUAGCAUUAGAAAUCUGUAACCACAUAGAUUGUGCAUACUGACUGCUAAGUGAUAGAAUGACUUGACUUGCUCUUGGAGUUGUGUCUGUGGGUUAUUUCCCAUUCCUAGAAUGUAACAGCUAUCCCUCGGUCGUAUAUG